CGCAACGCCUAUACCACUGGCCCUCCCCUGCGAAACAGACGUGCAGUACUUGAUAGAUUACUUAUAUUUUGUUAUUUACUGGGUUUACUAUAUCCGAUCUAGCACAGUAAGUACACGCUUUGUCACAACUGAGGAACGCUGUCACAGUGACCAUCGAGGAUGUUCAAAAAAUUUGAUGAGAAGGAAAAUGUGUCGAACUGUAUACAGCUGAAAACAUCUGUGAUUAAAGGGAUAAAAAAUCAGCUGUUGGAACAGUUUCCCGACAUCGAGUCAUGGCUCAAUCACAUAAUGCCAAAAAAGGACCCUGUCAAAAUAGUGAGAUGCCAUGAACACAUUGAAAUCCUGACAGUGAAUGGAGAACUGCUCUUCUUCAGACAGAGAGAAGGACCGUUCUAUCCAACCCUCAGACUGUUGCAUAAAUAUCCUUUCAUUCUUCCACACCAGCAAGUAGACAAAGGGGCCAUAAAAUUUGUCCUCAGCGGAGCAAACAUCAUGUGUCCCGGGCUGACGUCACCAGGCGCUAAACUGUAUCCAGCUGGAGCUGACACGGUAGUUGCCAUAAUGGCAGAGGGAAAACAGCAUGCACUUUGUGUUGGUGUUAUGAAGAUGUCUGCGGAAAACAUAGAAAAAGUCAACAAGGGAAUUGGAAUUGAAAACGUUCAUUAUCUGAAUGAUGGAUUGUGGCACAUGAAGACGUAUAAGUGAUGACAUCAACCCCUGCAACGCUCUCCCCCGCACUACCCCUGCACCUGUCCCCCCCACCACCCAGAAAGUGUGGAGCUCUUGACAGCAAGGCAUGACCUGCCAAUCAACAGUUUACACCUACGGACUAACCUGCUGGAGGCUUUGAAUCAGUUGCCAUUAUGCACAAAUAAAAGAAAGAUCUUGCCUUA